UUGUGGAGAAGUGCGUCAGACCCAUUCAACAUGCGCCUCUCGUUCGUAUUACUCCUCACCGUCCUAGGAUGUCUACUGUUCAUCAAGGAGGGCAGUGGUUCAUCCUCAUCAACAGAACCGACCACCACCACCACUACCACUGACUCGUCCUCCACCACAACCACCACCGCCGCCUCGACCACCACGACGACCACCGCCUCCUCGUCCUCUUCCUCUUCCUCGGCGGCUGCCAAGCGGCGCAGGCGUGCCCGCCGCCGUCGUCUGGCUAGGGAGCGCCAGCGUCGGGAGCGCAGGAGGCAGCGCCAAACUGAGAGGCUGCGCCUGCAACUGCAGAACCAGCGUCGCCUGAUCAAACGGCUGCGUGGAUAAAAAUCGCCUGGGAAACCCUUUUCGAAAACCAGAAAGGAAUUUAGCUUCGUCAAGCCGAAGUUUGUAUAGCCUGGAAGUUAUAAGAAAUACUAAAUGUUAGUAACAACAUGUUAAAUUUUAAAGGAUUGUUGCUAGCUUCAAUAAUAUCAAAAAAUAAUUUUGGGUUUUAUUAUUAUAUUAUUAAAUUAAAUUCGUAAUUAUGAAAAGAUAAAA